AUGGGAAAUUUAAUGAUAUUUACUUUAAAGAAAGAAACAAAAAACAUGACUCUGGAGGAGUUGGCUGAACUAAUAAAAAAUAGUAAAUAUGUUGUUGCCUUAACAGGUUCAGGAACGUCAGCUGAAAGUAAUAUACCAAGUUUUCGUGGUUCCAUCAAUUCCAUAUGGAACAAAUAUGAUCCAAGAAUUUAUGGAACAAUAUGGGGAUUUUGGAAAUACCCAGAAAAAAUAUGGGAAGUAAUAAGAGAUAUUUCAUCUGAUUAUGACAUAGAACUAAAUAAUGGACACAUAGCUUUAUCAACAUUAGAAAAUUUGGGAUAUUUAAAAUCAGUAAUUACACAAAAUAUUGAUGGGUUACAUGAAGAAAGUGGAAACACAAAGGUAAUUCCAUUACAUGGUAAUGUUUUUGAAGCUUGUUGCUGUACAUGCAAUAAAAUUGUAAAAUUAAAUAAAAUAAUGCUACAAAAAACUUCUCAUUUUAUGCAUCAAUUACCACCUGAAUGUCCAUGUGGAGGAAUAUUUAAACCAAAUGUGGUUUUAUUUGGAGAAGUUAUACCAAAAGAUCUUUUGAAAGAGGCUGAAAAGGAAAUAGCAAAAUGUGAUAUUCUUUUAGUUAUUGGAACAUCUUCAACUGUAUCAACAGCUACUAAUUUGUGUUAUUUUGCUAAUAAAAAAAAGAAAAAAAUAGUUGAAAUAAAUAUAUCAAAAACUUAUAUAACAAAUAAAAUGUCUGAUUAUCAUGUUUGCGCAAAAUUUAGUCAGCUUAUUAAAGUAACAAAUAUAUUAAAAGAGAAAAAAUAA